GACAGCUUAGCUGUACCGGUGCAGUUUGUGCAGUAAAACCGUGGUGAAACAAACACACGAGUUUGAAAGCAAAAGUUUAUUCAUUUCGGAUAAUAAACCUAUUUCAUUAUGGCUUCCAAGAGUAAAACUCGACCAGUAGAAAAAAAUAAUGGAGAGGUAUUAGCUUUCAGUGAAGGUGCAAUUAGAAAUAAUGCAAUGGUAGUUGAAUACUGUCGAACAUCAAUGGCUGCUCUUGGAGGAGCUGCUGCUGGAAUUUUGGGCUUGACUAGUCUUUAUGGCUUUGUGUUCUACAUAUUUUGUGCUGUUGCAAUAUGGCUUCUUCUGUUACUAAAAGCAGGACCACAUUGGCAAAAAUAUUUCACUAGCAGAAGUUCAUUGUUGUCUAGUGGACUGAGUGGUGGCUUAAUUACAUAUGUUCUUUUCUGGACGUUUAUCUAUGGGAUGGUGCAUGUCUACUAGGAAGCAUGUAGGGCUUGCCUCAUCAUUUCCACUGUUUAUUGGAACACCUCACCCCAUCUCCACUUCAAAAGAGGAAAAUAAAUGACAAAAUUUUCAUUGUCAGUCUGUAUUUUGUUUUGUAUCUGCUAAUAGAUUAAAUGUCAUUUA